AUUUUGGCCAUUAUUUCCAUCAUGUUCAUUGUGCUCUCUACAAUUGCCUUGUCUCUAAACACUCUGCCUGAGCUUCAGGACAAAGAUGAGUAUGAAAAUCCUACAGAUAACCCUCAGCUAGCCCACGUAGAGGCAGUGUGCAUCGCAUGGUUUACAAUGGAAUAUCUCUUGCGUUUCCUCUCUUCUCCUAAGAAAUGGAAAUUUUUCAAAGGACCACUGAAUGCCAUUGAUUUGUUAGCAAUCUUGCCCUAUUAUGUCACCAUCUUCCUCACAGAAUCCAACAAAAGUGUACUUCAGUUCCAAAACGUCCGGAGGGUAGUCCAGAUAUUUCGAAUCAUGCGAAUACUCCGUAUUCUAAAGCUGGCCAGGCAUUCAACUGGUUUGCAAUCUCUGGGAUUUACAUUGAGGAGAAGUUACAAUGAACUUGGAUUACUUAUUUUGUUUUUGGCCAUGGGCAUUAUGAUCUUUUCAAGCUUAGUGUUUUUUGCAGAAAAAGAUGAGGAAGAUACAAAAUUCAAGAGCAUACCAGCAUCGUUCUGGUGGGCAACAAUAACUAUGACAACUGUUGGUUAUGGAGACAUCUACCCUAAAACUCUUUUAGGUAAGAUUGUUGGUGGGUUAUGCUGUAUUGCUGGAGUCUUAGUGAUUGCCCUUCCAAUCCCGAUCAUUGUAAAUAACUUUUCAGAGUUCUACAAAGAACAGAAGAGGCAGGAAAAAGCCAUUAAGCGUAGGGAAGCCCUUGAAAGAGCCAAAAGGAAUGGAAGCAUUGUGUCCAUGAAUAUGAAGGAUGCUUUUGCACGUAGUGUAGAAUUGAUGGACAUAGUUGUUGAAAAGAAAGGAGAAAAUGCAGGCAAAAAAGAUAAAGUUCAGGACAAUCAUUUAUCCCCAAGCAAAUGGAAAUGGGCCAAAAGAUCAAUCUCUGAAACUAGCUCCAAUAAAUCUUUGGAGACAAAGGAACAAGGAUCACCUGAAAAAGCUAGGUCUUCCUCCAGUCCUCAGCACCUGAAUGUUCAGCAACUCGAAGACAUGUACAACAAAAUGACAAAAGCUCAGUCACAGCCAAAUCUCAAUUUAAAGGAGACAGCUCAACCCAGCAAGCAAAAAGAAGAACUAGAAAUGGAGGCCAUUCCUGGCCCAAUGGUCCCUUUGUUGACUACUCGGGCAGAUGGAAUAAUUGACAUGAGAAGCAUGUCAAGCAUUGACAGUUAUAUAAGCUGCAUGACUGAAUUUCCUGAAGCUGGGAGAUAUUCUCAUAGCCCACUGACUACACUGACCAGCAAAGGUGGAAAACUUCCCCUUCAGGACCCAUAUAGGUUGGAAGGAAGUGGGUCCAAAUUCAUGGAAAUAAAACCAAAUCUGGAAAGUGGCCAUUGCUCUACCUUUUUCAUAGAGAGCCCCAAAAGUUCAAUAAAACUCAUUAAUCCUCUAAAACUGAGAUCUCUAAAGGUUAAUUUUAUGGAAGAGGAUGCUAUAGGGCCAGCAGCUUCAAAUGUCCUAAGAAUAUACCCAGAUACCAUCAAGAACAGGGGAGCUACAUGUGCUGCCACAGAUAGCUCUGGAUAUUCUGAUCGAUCUCUAAUGAGUCCAGAAACUUCUAUUUAUACGACUGCAAGUGCUAGAACCCCUACAAAGUCACCUGAGAAACAGACACCGAUUGUUCUUAACUUCCAUGAUGCUGGCAUUCAUAAAUUUAUUGAUGCUGACACAGAUGAUGAAGGUCAGUUGCUCUAUGACUCAAGUCCUCCAAAAGCCCCUUCAGGACAUACUAGCCCCAAAUACAACACUUCUCAGAGAGGCUAUAUAAGGCAACGAGAUAAUGUUAGUAAAACCGAGAAGGACCACUUAGCAACUGCUGCAUUGUCCUCUACACCCAGGUUUUUAGGGCAAAAUUGCCUUUAUUCCAUGGAAAAUAUCACUGGAAGAACCCAUGCUAACCAGGAAACUAUCAAAUUAGAUAAUCAUAUUUCACCUGAGGUUCACAUAUUACCAGGUGGUGGAGGAGGAGGACAUAGUAACAAACAUGAUAAAAAUAUCUGA